UCUGGAUGUGGGAGAUCAGCUAAUUCAUCACUGUGUGUUGGGACACGAUGAUGAUAGGCCUGCGGUUUGCUGAGUUUCAAGUGGCCGCAGAAAAACCUUCAGCUGAGACAUGCAUCCAAUGAGCGCGUCCAAAGACGGCCCCCCUCCAAAAGAGAGAUUGAGUUUCCAUAUUUUUUACACAUGACGAAAAUGCAUUAAGUCCACACAAGGCAGCAGUCGACUGAGCUCACACAGGUGGAGGAUGGGAUUGGGUCAUGACCAGGAGGAGUUUGCUCUGAGUGGACUUGUACGACCUGCAUUGUUGUAGAAUCCUUCGCGCAGGAUUAUGCUCUUCAUCCUGAUCUGGUGCUGACACCGCAUCCACUGAGCUUGCAGAUUCAACAUCAUUUUGUUUUCUCUGUUGGUCAUUGCAUUCUUUACUGAAUGCAAGCAUCGUCAUGUUUAUCAGAACAACUUUUCUCCUCUCCUUUGUGGUCUCACUCUCAAACCCUGUUCGUUGCAUGGAAAGUGAACUUUGCUUCCCAGUUAGAUUGGAUAACCACAACAAUGACAGGAGGGAUUUUGACAACAACGUGGAUAUCCCCAAUGGGAAAUGUGUCCUAAAGAUACGAGCUUUCCAGCAGGAAUUGGUGAUCGAUUUACAUCAAGACUCUAAUUUCAUUGCUCCUUCCAUUUCUAACCAAGACGCAUUCUGGCUCUCCAACUCCGAUGUCACCACAGACCUGAGCCGGUGUUUUUACUCCGGAUACGUGAAUGCUGACCGCUAUUCUUAUGCUGCUCUGAGCCUCUGUAAAGGUUUACACGGAGCAUUUGGCUUCCAAGGAUGGGAAUAUUUUAUCAGCCCGGUGCAAAAUGACACCAGAAGCGCAGAAAGUGCUCACAUCAUACGGCGCAGAGCCAGCAACGACCUGAAGCUCAACUCAACCUCUAGGUGCGCAGUGGACAGCGACAUAAGUCUCCAAAUUGCGCAAUCGUUGGAGAAAUACAAGCGACUAGAAGAUUACAGCAAUGUGACUGAGACGAUGCUGAGGAGGAUGGGGAGAGCCAAAAGGUUCGCUUCAGUCCCCAGGUACGUGGAGACGCUCGUGGUGGCGGACGAGUCCAUGGCGCAGUUCCAUGGAGAUGACCUAAAACACUACCUCUUGACGCUGAUGUCAGUGGCAGCGCGACUCUACAAGCACCCCAGUAUUCUUAACUCCAUCAGCAUAGUGGUUGUGAAGAUCGCGAUUAUAUCCGAAGAGGACAAAGGACCCAAGGUGUCUGGGAACGCAGCCAUGACGCUGCGAAACUUUUGCACCUGGCAAAAAAAGAUGAACAAAAACAGCGACAAGCAUCAGGAUUACUGGGACACAGCAAUCCUCUUCACUAGACAGGACCUGUGUGGAGCUUCCACCUGUGACACGCUUGGCAUGGCAGACGUUGGCACCAUGUGCGACCCGAAAAGGAGCUGCUCUGUGAUCGAAGACGACGGCCUGCCCUCAGCUUUCACCACCGCCCAUGAGCUUGGACACGUGUUCAACAUGCCACAUGACAACGUGAAGGCCUGUGAGGAUGUGUUUGGGAAAAUGCAGGACAACCAUAUGAUGUCUCCCACGCUUAUUCAGAUCAACCGCACCAGCCCGUGGUCCCCCUGCAGUGCUGCCAUCAUCACUGAAUUUCUGGACAGUGGGCACGGGGAGUGUUUGCUCGACCAGCCUCCGAAACCGCUGGUCCUCCCUGACUUGCUGCCAGGAUCAUCCUACAUCCUGGAACGACAGUGUGAGCUCGCGUUCGGAGAAGGCUCCAAACCCUGUCCCUUCAUGCAACCACCAUGCGGUCGCCUCUGGUGCACAGGAAAAUCCAACGGCCACUUGGUGUGUAUGACUCGGCACUUCCCCUGGGCAGAUGGCACCCACUGUGGGGAUGGACAGGUGUGCGACCGAGGUGUAUGCUCUGACAAACAGGUCCAAAAUGUGAAGGUGGACGGCCGCUGGGGUAAGUGGGGCACAUUCGGUUCCUGCUCGCGCACAUGUGGAGGCGGCGUUCAACUGUCUAAAAGGGAAUGUAACAACCCAGUUCCGUCAAAUGGGGGUAAAUACUGCCAAGGGGUUCGGGUCAAAUACCGCUCCUGCAACCUGAACCGCUGCCCUGACACAGGUAAGACUUAUCGUGAAGAGCAGUGUGAGACCAGUGGCCGCAGUUUCAACAGUAACCGUAUCGCCCCCUCUGUGGUCUGGGUACCAAAGUACUCUGGGGUGUCCACGGAUGACAGGUGUAAACUCAUCUGCAGGGCUAAUGGCACCGGUUACUUCUACGUCCUGGCACCCAAGGUUGUUGAUGGGACUCCAUGCUCCCCAGACUCCACGGGAAUAUGUGUCCAAGGAAAGUGCAUCAAGGCUGGCUGUGAUGGAAAAAUUGGCUCCAACAAGAAGUUUGAUAAGUGUGGAAUCUGCGGCGGUGAUAACAAGGGCUGCAAGAAGGUGUCAGGACUCUUCACAAAGCCUGUGCACGGCUACAACUUUGUGGUCAUGUUGCCAGUGGGUGCAGCCAACGUAGACAUCCGUCAGCGAGGCUACAAAGGAAUGAUGAGCGAUGACAACUAUCUGGCGGUGAAGAACAGCGAAGGCUAUUACCUGCUCAAUGGGAACUACGUUGUAUCCGCUGGGGAGAGGGACAUCAUUGUAAAGAGCAGCCUGCUGCGCUACAGCGGCACAGCUGGCCUCUCUGAGACCCUGCAGGCUGUCAAGCCUCUGGGAGAAGCCCUGACUGUGGAGGUGCUGUGUGCAGGCAAGAUGACACCUCCUCGAAUCCGCUACUCCUUCUACCUCGCCCGUCAGACCAAGGAGGACAAGACUCUGAAGAAGGAGGGGCGUAUAAACUCCCACAACAGUGUCCUGGCUGAGGAUAGUGUCAAGGAGCAGGGAGGAGACACUCUGAAGAAGUCUUAUAGUAAGGAGGACCCUGCUCUUGGGAAAUGGAUAUCCUCAGCCUGGGACAAGUGCUCAGUGACCUGCGGCAGUGGUAUCCAGAGGAGGAUGGUGCAGUGUCUGAGACUGGACGGGAUGCCGGGGUUGGACUGCGAUUCUUCACAAAGACCCUCAGCCACUAGAGUUUGUGGAGAUCCAUGUCCUGAAUGGCUUAUUGGGCAGUGGUCACCUUGCUCCAGAACCUGUGGGAAGGGCUUCAAGAGACGACCAUUGCACUGCAGAACCCAAGUUGGGCAUUUGCUCCCCAGGGACCACUGCACUGGCUUACGCAAACCACAGGAGCUGGACUUCUGUAACCUAAGGUCUUGCUAGUGACAAAAACCAAUAAACUACAAAUGUUGGUCUGAGUCGAAUCCAGCUGCAAGUAUUACACACAAACACCAUGUCUGUCAGGUGCAGAUUUUUCCGCCUGCCACAUGGGACUGUUAGAGGAGGACGGACACUUGCUUGGAAGUUCAAUGAGAAUAUUGGAAGCAGAGUGAAAGCCGCAGGAUGAAUGCUGGAAGAUAUUUUUCACUGCCACCACUCUGACUUCAUAGUACAUUAUUCAGGUCUAACUCAGAUGGCAAAUAACAUAACAUAGGGUCAAAUAAGAUUUAGCCCAAUCCCUUGUACUGUUAUCAGAUACAGAAUGCCCAUUUGCAAGUAAUCAAUCUAAUUUACCUUAUGAGUCUGGAUCCUAUUUUAUGCCAUAAUAUUUUGACGGUGCAGGUUUCAAAAUUUUGGUUGGAUCUUGCAAAUAGAUCAGUGAAGCCUGCUGAUUUUCCAAAAACAAUAGUCCUUUCAUUCCUUUUUUCAAAAAGUAAAUGUAGCAGGAUUGACACGUACUAUAACUUUCCACCAACUGGACUAAAACGUAAUGCCCGUGUGCUGCACAACACUCUAUACAGAGAAGGACAUUUGGCGCUUCACUAGCCAAGUUUUUUUUAAUUUUUUUUUUAUUUCAGGGACCUAUUUAAAUCUUGGACUCGUAUCAGAAAUAUAACAGAUUUACAGUAGUAUACUAGUUUCAACAUAUUUGGUAUGUUGUUGCUGCGUUAUUUAUCUAAUCAAAAUAUAUAUUUUUAAAUCUGUAGGAUAACAGCUGUAGCAAUCCGAGUUAGAUGGAACAAAUUAUAGAUUUCUACAAUAACAACCACUUUAUCAUUUUUUUUUACUCCUAGAACUUUCACAAACAACAAACAAUAAGGAUGGAGCCAGCAUUUUACAUCUCCACAGAGCCCUCCUUCAAAACUAGGAAGAAAUCUCCUGCCUUAUAGACAUUGAUUUUCUGCAGACCUUGCUCAGCACCAGUCACGGAAACAGUUUAAACUAGAAAUCUGAGGUCACACUGGUGGCUUUCAUAACAGAUCAAACCAAACAGUGCAGUACAGGCAACAAUGACCAGCGGUUUGCUCCCUGUCAGCUGGUGUAGCCGCUAGCUCAGUGAUUUCAUCGGGCUGCACCCAACAUUGCACUGCUCAUCGGAGAUAUGGCCUUAGCCUGAUAUCUCACAUAUACACACACUCAUGUGCACAGACACACAGAGAAACACAUACACACAAAUACUGCAUUCAAUUCCUGCCUUCUGUGUUCGAAAUGUUUGAUUGCUUCCUUCAUUCGACCACAUCAGUUGUCUCCUCAGUUCAUAGUGUUCAGCCAGUUGUGAAGCCUGUUAUGUCAUGCCUGUCUGGCACAGUUUCCACAGAUAAUUUAUUAUCAAUGAAACAAUAAAGCAGAGAGGAGAAGAAAAACUGGCAAGCCCUCUGUUAUACUGUACAGAAUACGUGUUUGCCUGGAUCUCCUUGUUCAUGGCCCCACAGCCUGAGCCAAGAUGUUCUCUCUACACACUCGAUGAAAUCCUGUAAUCCAUUUAUAUUCUUGUUUUGUUUCUUAUGGGGCCACAUUGUCCAGUCUAACACCUAACUGCAGGAUGGAUCCUCCGUUAGUUGGAUUACUAUUUUUAUUUUUUUAUUUUUUUUAUCAGCUUUUGCACUUUGUACAGCAAAAGAAACCAAUGACCUACAUGGGCUGUACUGUAUACUAUGUAUACAUUUAUUCAGCUCUUCGCAAAAAAUUAUGUACAUACUUUUUUAAUCUUUUUUUUUUUUUUUUUACACAGACAUUUGUAAUUGUCUUUGACUUCUGAAUAUUUAUUCCAAAAAUAAAGCCAUCAAUGAACA